AUGCUCUCCCCCUCCCCACGGGGCAUCGAUAAGGAUACAGCGCUCGAUGUUGCCCGAGGUGGUCGGGAGAUGCGAGCGGAUGAUACGCACAGUUCACCUCCAGCGAACCUGGUCGUGAAAUCGGGGAGCCCGCCGGUUCCUCCGCUCGCCCGUCGUCGCAGCUCAGCGCUCAGGCCUCAGGCUCAACUCCCAUCAGCACACGACCACGCGUAG